AUGGCCGACAACGAUGAUUCUGUCCAGAUUGCCGAAUCUGGUGAAAGAGACGUAGAGAUGGACACUGCCGAAGAAGUUCAGGAGGUGGAAGACGCUAAUGGAGAAGGACAGGGCACUGGCGACAGCACAGGAGAAGCCAAUGGCGAAUCUGCGCCCAGAAAUCCUCAAACCGCGUUUCUCGAGUACCUCAAGUCACCGAUAGUUGAACUGGUCGUUGGUGCUGGUGACGAACAAACUACCUUGACAGCGCACAAAGCCAUGCUCACGCAAUCGCCAUAUUUUAGCAACCUCCUUGCUACCAUGGAUGACGACCAGCUCGUUCUUGAACUCCCAGACGAAUCGCUCGACGCCGUUGGUUGUUUCCUGCAAUACCAGUACACCGGUGAAUACUUCCCUCGGCGACUUCCCAAUUCCGCAGAGGGCUUGGAGCGGGACCCAUCUGUACCCGCUGUCGAUGACAAUGGUGCGCAGCUUCUCAGGCAUGCCCGUGUCUACACCCUGGCACAGAAACUGGGAAUGCCUGAGCUCAAGACGCUCGCACAUUCCAAGAUUCAUCGCAUCGAUUCGACCGCAGUUGGAGAGAUCGCAUACGCAAGAUACGUCUAUGGCAAUACCCCUGCAGCCGACACCACCAUCCGCAAACCAGUUGCGGCGUUCUGGGCCACGAGAUCCCAUGUCCUGCGCCACGAGGCCGAAGCCGAGUUCAAGGCGAUGUGCUUGGAGUAUCCCCAAUUUGGUUUCGACGUUCUGAGCUUGGUGCUCGACCAGCGCGAGAAGAGAGCCAGAGAGCGCGACGAAGAGGGAACCCCGGGUGGUGGUAAAGGAAGAAAGAGAAUGCGGCCCAGUGUCAAUGUGUGA